CAGUUGUAGACGUUUCCGAAUUCCGACCCCAUACACAGGGAUAGAGACAUGUCCGGAAAUGAGGACAUUUAAGUCAAAGUACGAGAUAAAUUAGGGGAACUGCCCACGUGUCAUUCCACUGACAAUUAUUUCUCGCUACGCUGCCAUGGCAAAGUAAGAAGGUAAAGUACCUCCCCGUCGGUACUUCGAUCCUUAUAUAUAAAAAAAUCGAAGCCCCCAGGCCCCAGUACUCUCAUUUCUUAUCGACGAGAGACAUGAAGAAUAAUCAUCGCCGUUACGUUCCCGAGAAGUCACGUCUCCUCGCGUUUCUUACGGCCGGAUCCAUCACCGCCGCACUGAUCGUAAUCGGCUUGAGCCGUACGUCCAAUAACACAACCUCCUUGCUCUGCUCCAUGACCGCUACGCGCGUCCCCACAGAGGAUUCCAACCAUAUCGCCACGACGCCGACCCAGCUCCUCGCCGUCCUCCACUACGCCACUUCUCGCGUGGUCCCGCAGCAGUCGUUCGCCGAGAUCAAAAUCUCCUUCGACGUGCUCCAGUCCCUCGCGCCCUGCAACUUCCUCGUCUUCGGCCUCGGCCACGACUCGCUCAUGUGGGACUCGCUCAACCCGCGUGGCAACACGCUGUUCCUCGAAGAGGACCCCAAGUGGGUCCAGACCGUUCUCAAAAGCGCCCCGGUUUUACGCGCCUCCACUGUCCGCUACAGCACGAAACUAUCCGAGGCCGACGACCUCCUAUCCACGUACAAAUCAGAGCCCGACUGUUCCCCCGCCAGCGCGCGCCUCCACGACACGAGUUGCAGGUUAGCUCUAACGAUGCUACCGGAAGAGGUGUACGAGAAGGAGUGGGACUUGAUAAUGAUAGACGCGCCAAGAGGGUAUUUCCCAGAGGCGCCGGGGAGGAUGGCGGCGAUUUACUCGGCAGCGGUGAUGGCGCGUGCUCGAACUCGGCCUGGGGUGACGCACGUGUUCCUACACGACGUGAAUAGGAAGGUGGAGAAGGUAUAUGCAAGGGAGUUCUUGUGCAUGAAGUAUAAGGUCAACGGCGUGGGGAGGCUCUGGCACUUUGAGAUCCCUCCGUCUUCUAACAUGACCGAUUUUAGCAGGUUUUGCUGACCAUCAAACGAACCACAUUUUUUUUUUCAUUUAAAUUCUUACAGUUAUUAAAAUAUAUACUGUGUAUGUUUGGGAGUGAAUAAUAUUAUUUAUUGAUUAA